AUGAACGCCUACCUUACUAAACAGCAGAGCUGCUGCGGGGGGUCGGAGGGGAUGGAUGCUGGCAGGACUGUGCCUACACUGACGAGGGAAGCUCACUGUGCCUGUGGCUGGCAGAGGAAUCCACAGGGGCUCGGCUACGGAGCUCAGACCAUGCCGUCUUCAGGAGCCGGCGGCCAACCCCCAAACAGGACCAAGCUUGUCACCCUGUGGGACAGUGUGCGGAAAAGCCCACAGAAAAUGGGGGCUAAGAGCAAAGGGCCAUGUGGGGAGCGCUGCUCCUGCCCCCAUGGCUGGUUUAGCUCCCCAGCACAGGCAAGCCCUGCUCCUAUUAUUGUCAACACAGAUACUUUGGAUACUAUUCCUUAUGUCAAUGGAACAGAAAUUGAAUACGAAUUUGAAGAAAUCACAUUGGAGAGGGGCAAUUUGGGGCAAUUCUGGCUGGGAUUCAGUAUUGCUGGAGGCACAGAUAAUCCCCACAUUGGAGAUGAUCCUGGCAUAUUUAUUACGAAGAUUAUACCAGGAGGAGCUGCAGCAGAGGAUGGCAGACUCAGGGUCAAUGACUGUAUCUUGCGGGUGAAUGAGGUGGAUGUCUCAGAAGUCUCCCAUAGUAAAGCAGUGGAGGCACUAAAGGAGGCAGGUUCGAUAGUCCGACUGUAUGUCCGUCGAAGGCGGCCUAUUUUGGAAACAGUUGUAGAAAUCAAACUUUUCAAAGGUCCUAAAGGUAAUUGCUUUUAA